AUGGAAUCGUAUUAUUUGGUCUCUAAUCAUACAGAGGAUGAAUUCAUCCAAAAUGGUACUCGACUCGACAAAAUAUGCAUAUGUUGUUCAUCACAAAAUGGUUAUUUCAUAAAUAUUAGCACAUGUAAACAUACAACAUUUCUGAGGAAUAUCGAUAAAAUUAAGUUUAAACUUCAAGAUGCGUACGUGUGUUUUUUAUGUCAUACAAUGCUUAAGAAAAUUGAGGUAUUCCAACAGCAGAUCGAAGAAACCAACACCAUUCUUACGGAUCGGGCUUACAACAUGCAAAUAAAUAAGAUCCUCAAGUUACAUCGCUCUGCCAUCAACAUCACUGACUCCACGCAACUAAGUCAAUUGGCUGAGGUAGACGACUUCGAAGUAAAACCAGAAGUAUACGACAUCGAAGUCAUCGAAGAAGACACAGACUUGCACACGGAGAUCAAAGUUGAACGAGACUCUUCUGACUCUGAGCAGAAGAUACGUUCACCUACUAAGAAGAAGAAAAAAACAAAGACGGGUAGUACGAGUAAGUACGAAGGGAAGAUUAGAGCUGUGUUGUUGACUUUAGAGGAGUUGAGUGAGGAAAGGCAGUCAAUGGCUACUCAAGAAAAGUAUAUGAAAUUGCCGUAUAAAUGUGAGGACUGUAUAGUUGGGUUCGAUCAUGAACUUACUUGGAAAGCUCACUUGGAACAACGGCAUAAGAUGCAUAAAGGCAGCUUUCGUUGUGACAUAUGUAAAUCUGUGUUGAACUCCAAAAGUUCUUAUAAUGAACACACGAAGAGGCACAUUCGAAGGUUAGAAUGUAUGGCUUGUGGUAAGCGAUACAACCACAUACAGUCGGCCAUCCAGCACUACGAUGAGAAACACAUGCCGGCGGGCUCGUCGCUGCAGCGUGCUUUCGAAUGUCACUGCGGAUUCUCUACCACUGUAAACCGUACAUUCCGUUAUCACCAGGACAAGCACAAAAAGAAGCAGCAGUGCACAAUCUGCGGCAACACUUUUGUGAACACAAAUACCCUUAAAAUUCACAUGUUCACAGUGCACCAGCAGUCGUCUCGCGUGUACCGGUGCGACGCGUGCGACAAGACGUACCGCGCCAAGUCGGGCCUGACGUCGCACCUGCGCUCGGCGCACGCGGACGCGCCGCGCGCCUACUGCGCGCCGUGCCGCACGCACUACACGUCUUUCUACGCGCUGCAGGCGCACCUCAACACGCACUCGCGGCACAUCACUGACACUGACAAAAAAUUCACGUGUGACGAAUGCGGAGCCAAAUUCGUGAAGAAAUGUAGUUUGCAAGUUCACAUCAACUGGGAACAUCUCAAGUUGAACACGCAUCGAUGUCCCACGUGUUCCAAGGUAUUUAAAAGUGCGUCGGCUGUGCGUCGCCACGUGAGCUACGUUCACAACAAAGAGCGGCUGCCUCGCAACAAGAUAUGUCAUUACUGCGGACGUGGCUUCACUACUCAGACCAUCUUGCAGUCACACCUCCGCACUCACACGGGCGAGAGACCACUGCAGUGUCAACACUGCCGCGCUACCUUUGCUCACUCCGGAGCCUUAUACACACACAUUAAACUUAAACAUAUUAGAAAUAAUAAAUAA